AUGGAAUCUCAAUCAAAAAUAAAUGAACCAAUACCAACAGAUAUUAGUGAAGCAUUUGAAAGUUUUUUUAAAGCAAUUCAAAUUACAGAUGCAACAACUAUUGUUAGUUACUUUUUAAAAAACUUUUGUGAAACUGAACAAUCAACAAAUGAUAAUAUAAAUAGAUUCAUAUUUGUACUUAAAAUAAAAUCUGAACAAAUUAAAUCAUCAUCAUCAUCAUCAUCAUCAUCAUCAUCAUCAUCAUCAUCAUCAUCAUCAUCAUCAUCAUCAUCAUCACAAACAUCUGAAACUUUAAAAUCAGAUGUUGAAUUAUAUAAAAAAUCUUUAAUAAUUUUAGGAAAUUUAUCAAGAUAUGUUAAACAUAGUAAUUCAUUCACAGUUUAUUUAAAAGAUAUUAUUGAGAAUUUAUUAUUUCCACAUUUUUUAGAAAGUUUUGAUGAAGAUAUGAAAUUUGAAGUAUUAAGAUCAUUUACAUCACUUUUACAAAUUUAUGAAGAUACUAUUGAAUCAUAUUCAACUCAAUUCAUUCAACAUUUAGUAACAGUGGAUAUAAAUAGAUCAGGUUUCUCACAAUCUUCAAUUAAAUCAAUUAUUGAUUUUAUGGUUAUUUUAAUGCAAACUUCACCAUUAUUAAUAAUUAAUAAUAUUAAAUUAGUUGAAUCGUUAAUUAAAAUUUAUAUUUUAAAAGAAGAUGAAGUAAUUUAUGAAGAUUUAACACAAGUUUUAGGUCAAUUCUUUCAAUUAUAUUUACCAUAUAAAUCAUCAAAAAUUGAAAGUACAAACGAUGAUGAUAGUGAUGAUGAUGAUGAAAGUGAUGACGAAGAUGAAUCAUCAAUGGUUGAUUCAAAUAAAUUAAAAGUUUCAGCAAUGGGUUUGGAAAAUAGUGUUGAUAUUAAACUUUUAGAAUUAUUAUCAAAACAAUUAAUUGAAAAUAUUAAUAAAGAAUCAUCUUCAAUUUUCUUUGGUAUUUUAUGUGGUUAUUCAUCAAUUUAUAUUAAAGAUAAAUCAUUAUCAAAUUUUAUUUUUAAUUCUUAUUUAUCAAUGAUUAAAAAAGAUAAUAUUUGUAAUAAAGAAAAUAGAAAAGUUACAGUUAAUAUUAUUAAUAGUUUAAGAAUUGGUGUAUCAAAUGCAUGUUUAAAAUCUAGUGAAGAAUGUCAAUUAAUAUUAAUUGAAAUAUUUAAAACUUUAUUAGAAUGUAUUGGUGAUAUUAGAGAAUAUGUAAAGAGUAAUUUAACUAAAGGUGCACAAGCUUUCUUUCAACGUAUUAGAAGUUCAAUCAUUUUAAAUUUAAUAUCAAUAAUUCGUAUUAUUAAAGAUUCAUUCCAAUAUGCAGAGGAAUUUUUAAUUUAUGCACCAGUUUUAGCAGAUCCAAUUAUAUUUUCAGAGUUUAUAAUUUCAUUAAAUAGAAAUUUAAAUCAACAACAACAACAAAAAGAAACUAAUGAAUAUAAUGAAAAGAAAUCAUUAAUUCAAGAUAUUUAUUUACCAAAGAUUUUAAAUCCAUUAUUGGCAGAGAUUGUUAAACCAGUUCAAAAGUAUAAAUCAAUGACAAUUCAUAUCAUUCAAGCGAUUGGUAAUAUUGCAUUAUCAUGUCAAAUUUUAUAUCAACCAUUCAUUGAAACUACAAUUGAAAGAUUAUCACAAUUUGUUGUUAAAAAUUGGAAAUCAAUUUCAAAGUAUGCACCAUCUUGUAUUGUUACAUUGGAUAAAUUAAUGCAAUUAUUUAUUCAUGAUCAACUCUAUAAAUCACAAUAUUUAGAAACAAUUAUUUUAUCAGUUUAUAUGAAAUUAUUAAAUUCUUCAAAAUCAAUUGAAUUAGAUGAUACAAUUGAUGAUGAAGAUGAAGAUGAAGAUGAAGAAGAUGAAGAAGAUGAAGUUGAUUCAAAUGGUAAAAAAAAAAAGAAAAAUAUUGAUAGUGAUAUUAUAUCAAAGAUUAUGUUUACAAUUUUAGAAUGUUUAACAAAUACAAUUCCAAAGAUUAGUAAACAUUUAAUUGAAUUUGAUAAUCAAUCAGUUGGUAAAAAUAUUGGAAAAGAGAUUUAUAAAUAUUUAAUGAGUCAGAUAGGUGUUGAAGAGGUGAUUUUCGAUGCUGAUCGUUUUAUUCGUUUAGCUCAAUUAGAUUUAUUGAAUGAAAUCUAUUGUCAUUGUUUACCAUGUUUACCAAAAUCAAAUCAUAUUUCAAUCUCUAUUAAACAUAUCUUUAAUGAAAUGUUACAAAUUCAAGUGGCAUUAGAAUUGGGUGAAGAAGAACUUGAUAGAAAUGGUCACUCUCAAAGAAAAGAUAUUUGUUUAAAUGCUUUUAAAUCUAUAAUUAAUAAUUCAAAUUUAGAUAAGCAAUCUUGUUCUGAACAAUUAAAAGAAUUAAUUAAUUCAAAUCAAACUUCAAAUGAUAUUGAUAAACAUCAAGUUAAAAAAGAAUUAUUAGAAUUAUUUAAAUAA